AAUGUUUCCCCUUCACCUGAUCUCUAUUUUUAGUUAUUUUCCCAAUCCUCAGCUUCCUAGCAACUAAUUGUAUUUCCACCCUCUUCUGGUUUAAUGAUAUAAUUGCUCUUCUCUUUACAGAAUCUCAGUGAAGCCAGCCCCUGGAAGGCCACUUGGGGACAGAAGCUCACACCUGGUCAUUCCAGGUGACUUAAAAAACCAAAACAGUAGGACCCAAUAAAGUGAAAGCUGAUGCUCCAGCAUUUGAAUCUGCUAUCAUUGGUGAUUUCCCUCUGAGCAUCGGGGAAAUCAGUAUGCUAGGGGGGAGCUCUCAGUAUAAAUGUGCGUAUGAUUUAGCUAUCAUUACCUGUUGACAAUAUUCUUUUGGUUGAACAGAGCUGUUCCACUCUACAAUAUGCCUACACAACUGGAGAAUGCUAUGGACACCUUGAUCAAGAUUUUUCACCAUUAUUCAGGCAAAGAAGGGGACAAAUACAAACUGAAUAAAGGAGAACUCAAACAGCUCCUUACCAGUGAACUCACUGACUUCCUUUCAUGCCAAAAGGAUCCCCAGCUGGUUGAUAAGAUCAUGAAAGAUCUGGAUACCAAUAAAGACAAUGAAGUGGAUUUUAAUGAAUUUGUCAUUCUGGUUGCUGCUUUAACUGUAGCAUGCAAUGACUUCUUUGAGGAACAGCUAAAGCAAAAGGAAAUUGGAAAUGAUAAGUAAAUGAACCACUCAGACACAAAUGUAACUGAAUCAUGCUUAGUUAGCACUCAUCAGCAUUUUGUGACUACAAACUAUGUCGUAUUAAUGUUAUUAAAUCGUAAGGACCAAGUCGUCAGUUGGUGUAAAGCAGCAGGUCUCUGCUGACUUCAGUGGGCCCAUAUUGAUUUUCACCACCUGAGAAUUUGGCCCUAAGUAUCUUCCAAGAUUUUUUGCUUUUACAUCAUGCAUUUGUCACUUCCCUGAGGCAAGAGCUCCAGAAGAUAGUUCACUUGACUGAGUUUCUGAGUUUUCACCCUCCUACUUGUAUUCACCCCUUUUUCAUCUACCCUGUCCCACAUCUAGCAUGCUGCCCCCUCCACUGGCAUGCAUUUCUCUGGAAACUACAGUUUGCUGUCUGACUUUUAGAGCUGAUUCAAAUUUUUCAAACACAAAAUUUUCCUGAUGAAAAAUGGGUUAUUUUUUAAAUAAAAUUUAAAAACAUUUUUAGGCGGUGGUGGGAAUUUCAUUUGACACAAUUUUUGAAUGGGAAAAUUUGAAAUGAAAUGUAAUGAAAACUUUCAUUGAGUUUUGAACUGAAUUUUUAAUUUAAUUUUGAAGUGUCCUGUUGAAAACUCUAACUUUUUGGCAGGCAAAAAAGGAUGAUUUUUUUGGACCAGUUCUGCUCAGUUUGGGCCACCUUCUUCUCUGUUUUCAUUGCUCAAGUCUUCCCUUCACUUGCACUGAUAGGCUGCAAUCAUGCCUUCCUCCCAUCCAUUUGGACAGAAUGCAUGGCUUCCUUCAGCUUCCCAACCUUGCCCAGCUUCACUUCUAUUGUGUUCUGCCACUCUGUUCAACCCCUUCUCUCAGCAUAAAAGAGUUCAUGCAGAGGAUAAAUUAUUUAAAUAAAUGAGUAGAGGACUUUUUGUCAACUGAUUGCUUAUAGGAGGCCAGGGGAGAUGUAAAUGAGGCCAUGUGAUUCUGUUUUCUUUGUGUUGCAUCAUUAAAUGGGAGGAGUCUUUGGAGGCCUGCUGCAGGAGUUGUGGUGGGAGGAUCUUGCCAGGGGGUGGAGACUCUCUGUUUUUCCCUCCACAGUGACUUUAUGUUUGCUUUUUCUUCCUUCAUUGUUUUCCUUAGUCUACAAUAAAAGACAUUUGGCUUAA